AUGGAGUCCGGACCGAGGCCUGCUACUGCAGAGGUGUCCGAGGAGGAGGAGGAAGAUCUCGAAGACGAGGGGCAGGCCGAUGAAGGAGAUGAUGCGCCCCCAGAGAGCUGGGAGGAGCGAGAGGAGGAGAGGGUAGCUGCGGGCGCUAUCCUUCGUGCCUCGCAGCUGCGGAUCGAGUGUGUGAAAGUCGUGGCCCCGGCGCAGCUCCAGGAACUGGUGGAAAGUGCACACCAGGCCCUCGGGCGCGUGCGCGGGGUUCAGCGACAUGGGCUGAGGCGCCUCGGCCCCGGAGCAGUUGCAGAAGCCGACAAUUUGCUUACUCAGUGGCAGCAGCGCAGUGGCACAAUCAGAGUGGUCGUGCGCGUGCGCCCACCUUCAGGCCGGCCUGAGUCUGGGAGCGAAAUCCAGAGCCAAGAUGCGGCUGUGGGACUGAUUGAGGGUGUUGCGAAGCACCGGGGUCUCACGGUGUCCGUGCCGCGGCGCAGCGGCCGCCCAGGUUCUGACGAAGUUCACAGCUUCAAGCGCCUGGACUAUGUGCUCAGCCCGGAUCAGGACCAAGACCAGGUCUUCCAAGAGCUUCGGGCCAUGAUGCCCUCGGCCACUCCAGGUGGUUUGGCAGGACCUCCUCAGUCUGCCUGCAUCCUCGCAUAUGGGCAGACAGGUUCCGGAAAGACCUUUACCAUGCACGGAGGAGCCGGCGAUCAACGAGGUCUCGUUCCUCGGGUCCUCUAUGAGGUCUUUGCGCUGGCCAGCGCCAGUGGGGCCACUGUGUCCCUGAGCGCCGUGGAGAUUUACAAUGACACGGCGUAUGACCUCCUCGACGGUUCGGCAGCUUGCGCCAGCGAGGCAGCAAACGAGCCGUCGGGCCGCGCCUUCUCGGCGGGGCGCUUUGCCCCUCCACCGGGGCUCAGCUUUCGGCAUGGCUGCCGUGUAGCUUUGGAGCAGGCGACCUCCAUCGAGGUCGCGGCCAUUGAGGACGGGGAUUCCACGUACAUGGAAGCUCCCAGCCCACCUCACAUCUCCCCCUAG